AAAGAGCCAGGGGAUUUCCCCACCAAAAUUUUCAUUCCUUUUUUUUCUCUUUCUUCCGAUUUUACUGAUCAUCUUUUGCUCGCCAAGACUGCCUGGUCGCUCACUUGACACUCAACAACCCUCUUCCUUCUCGUUCUCCCGAUUGUACUGUACCCGUACAAAAGUGGAUCACGACGGCAGCGGCACCCCCACGACGAAAAGUUUGCUCAUGAGCCCGAGACAGCGACACAUGGCCGUGAUAGUUGACCCCCCAAGAACAGACUUAUAGGCCCUACUUCCCUCCAUCCACUAUCCAUCCAUCUGUGAUCCCUUUUCGUUACGAGGUACAGUAAACAGCAACAGAUCGUCACCUAAAUUACUCUACCCGAGUACACUUCGCACUUUCCUUACCUCCCUCCCGCCUAACCUUGCUCACCCCUUUCCCUUUCUCCGCCGCCCCGAUAGAAGGUAAUUAUUAUGGUCAACCUCCUCCUCGUCUUGUUAUUCCCCAUCGGUAUAAUUAUGGCCUUGACGAUCCUGGGCCGUUUCUUCAAGACCGGGCGAUUCUACGCACGUAUUCUAUCCUGCUAUUUCCUCCUGGUCACAUGCGCAGCAUACGGGGUCCUGGCGUCGGUAGCCCUCCGGUUAGUGGGAAAAGUCAGCAUAGCACAAUGGACCACUGCACGAGCGUUCAAGAAUUUAGCCUGCCCGGUCAUCGGGCUAGAAUUCAGGGUGGAGAAUGAGGGUGCAUUAGGCACUCGACCGGCGGUGUUCGUUAGCAAUCAUCAGAGCGAGUUGGAUAUUGUUUUCUUGGGGAGGGUUUUUCCAAAACAUUGCUCGGUUACGGCGAAGCGGAGUUUGAAGUAUAUUCCGUUUUUGGGAUGGUUUAUGGCAUUGAGUGGAACGGUGUUUAUUGAUAGGACGAAUCGGAAAUCAGCUAUUGCGGCGUUUGACAGUGCGAUUCGGGAGAUCAAGGGGAAUAAGCAGUCUGUUUGGAUUUUCCCGGAAGGCACUCGAUCAUACUUUUCCAAGCCGGAACUCCUACCAUUCAAGAAGGGUGCUUUCCAUCUAGCUAUUCAAGCCGGCGUUCCUAUUGUACCGGUUGUCGUCGCAAAUUACUCCCAUAUCUUACACCUCCAAGAGAGAACCUUUGAGCCUGGUGUUAUCAAUGUUAAGGUCUUGGAUCCAAUUGAUACCAAGGGCCUGACAACCGAUGAUGUGGACGCACUGGUCCUGAGUACAAGGGAGGAUAUGUUGAAGGAGCUGAAACUCGUCUCGGCCACUAGCGCAAAGGCAGAGAAGUCGCAAUAGAGCUUCAUGCUCAUCCAAGCACAGCACAUUUGGGGACUCCAGAUAGCGAGUCACUCUCCUGAAAAGAACAAGGAAAUCGUGUAUAAUGGCGCAAGCAAUAGUAUAGCAUGGAGUUUCUUUCCUCUUUCUUUCUCCCUUCCAUCCUGCAUCCCUCCCCUUACCCCCCCCCCGCCAGCCCCUCAUUUCUUCCAACUUGGGGAUGGCCACCCUAGGGUAGACGUUUUCAACUAGACGUUCAGGUUUCAUCGAUAUAAAGACUUGUCUCCAUCUUAUUCCAUCCCGUCGCCCCCCCCCCUUUUCCUCCCCAUCUAUACCAUACCCUCACCUCCAUUACGAGAAGGUCUUCAAUUUUUUUGGUCCCAAAUUUUGUACAAAUUGUAUUGUUCUUACUAGUGGUAGCAGUAUCAUGCGAACAGCAGCGGGGAGGCGUUAUCGUCGUUUUCUCAGUUACCAUGUGUUUGCGGUUUUUUCUGUGUCGUGUGUAACGUGACGGAUUACAAGUUAGCACAAUAUGCCGGCACGAUUGUGAUGAUGUGGCGAGUGAGGCGGAGUGAUGCGGGUGAGAAAUUGUGAUUCUAGUUACCGGUUGAGAACCUAGCUGUUGGGACGCGAGCCCCUCUGUUCCGAGCAGGGGGCAACGGGUGCUCGAGUAUUACCGGUAUUGUCACCGGUUCAACUUGGAAUGGGACGCAAGUCUGGUACCGGUGCUCACGGGAGAGCUCAAUCAAAUACCGGCAUACAGCCACGAGAGAGAAGGUUUGUAAGUGACAGGUUCAACUUGAUUUCUUUGAUAACCUCGCUUCAAUUUUUUAGAUCUACCGGUACUGAACUCGAGUAUGCUACCAUAUUAUGAUCCUUUCUUGAGUGACAGUAUCAUACUGUACUCGAGUAUCAUACAUCCCGAGCAAUUUGUGGAAGCACCCCCCCCCGACCGUGCUCCGGAGCCCCCGCGUAACUUACCCCUCUAUUUCCCUCUAAUUUCAGAAGUAUCCAGACAUCUUUAUGGCAAGGGAGCGCAAACCCCCGGCGCCAAGGUGUCGAGAUAUCUGAAACUCGCGGGUACAGUAUUAGACUGCAUAUUCCCGUCACAAACACACUCCAUAGAUACAGAUAAUACGAUAACCCCACCUCAAGCAAUAUUGAUGAUGAAAAGGGCGUUCGUUCCUCAUUUUUAUCAAACAUUUUGGCAAAAGCGAUGUGAUAUGUCUGCCCGAGAGGCAUAAUAAUAUCACUCUCAAUGAAUCCUCUCGUCCCUGACGCACGUUUGAAUGAGAGAAGGGGGGCUCACAUCAGCAGCAACUCGAGCAAGCGGAAGGAAGUGGGGUUGGAGUUGUGUAAGCAUCGCUCAGCUCAGCUCGCUCUGCCCUUUAUGAUAUCUUGGAUUGGUCGGUUGGUUUAGUCUAGCUCUGCGCUGCGUUGUGGAAUGGACUGGGUGGCAUCAUAGUAUCAUAGGAUGUUGGUGCAUCAUAGUGCCGGCGCCCGUGUGAUAUGUGCCGCUGGGGAUAUGAGCACAGUAUCAUAGUCUUGUGCUUUUAUACCAGGAACUGGAGUAGGGUAGUGCAAGGUGCUGUCCUACAAGCUCUUAUAAAAAGUUGCUUCACUUUCUACGAUAGUCUGGUCGAGGGGAAAGAUGGAUUUGGAUGUUUGGAUGCUACCGGUAUAUCAUAAAUUUUCUAAUACGA